GUUGAGAUACGACUAUGGGGAAACUAACCUACCUUGGAGACAAAUUCCUCUGACACAGUGGAUGAUGACCCAUUUGAUGUCACCAGUAAUAAAGAUGAAGACUGUGAAGAUACUGUUGAUGAGGCCGAAGUUAGAAGUAUGAAGAUAGGUGAGGGAAGUGAGAGACAAGGAGUCAGAAAAGACAAAUUGAGGUAUUUUGGGACAGAAGUGAGCAACCAAGAGACAGAUGUUUGGGUUAACCAGGUAACAGAUUUGGGUAAUCCAGGAACCAAAUUAAGUAAUACACAGGAGACAGAUGUGAGGAAUACACAGGAGACUGAUGUGAGGAAUAUUCAGGAAACUGAUGUGAGGAAUACUCAGGAAACUGAUGUGAGGUAUAUUCAGGAGACUGGUGUGAGGAAUACUCAGGAGACUGAUGUGAGGAAUACACAGGAGACUGAUGUGAGGAAUACACAGGAGACUGAUGUGAGGUAUAUUCAGGAGACUGAUGUGAGGAAUACACAGGAGACUGAUGUGAGGAAUACUCAGGAGACUGAUGUGAGGAAUACACAGGAGACUGGUGUGAGGAAUACUCAGGAAACCGUGAAAAGGCAGAAGAAGAAAAGGAAUUUAGAGACAAAUAUGAGGAAUAUUCAGGAGACUGAUGUGAGGAAUACACAGGAGACUGAUGUGAGGAAUAUUCAAGAGACUGAUGUGAGGAAUACACAGAAGACUGAUGUGAGGAAUACUCAGAAGACUGGUGUGAAAAGGCAGAAGAAAAAGAGAAGGAAUUUAGAGACAAAUGUGAGGAAUACUCAGGAGACUGAUGUGAGAAAUACACAGGAGACUGAUGUGAGAAAUACACAGGAGACUGAUGUCAGGAAUACUCAGGAGACUGAUGUGAGGAAUACUCAGGAGACUGAUGUGAGGAAUAUCCAGGAGACUGAUGUGAGGAAUACACAGGAGACUUGUGUGAGGAAUACUCAGGAAACCGUGAAAAGGCAGAAGAAGAAAAGGAAUUUAGAGACAACUGUGAGGAAUAUUCAGGAGACUGAUGUGAGGAAUACACAGGAGACUGAUGUGAGGAAUAUUCAGGAGACUGAUGUAAGGAAUACUCAGGAGACUGAUGUGAGGAAUAUUCAGGAGACUGAUGUGAGGAAUACUCAGGAGACUGAUGUGAGGAAUACUCAGGAGACUGAUGUGAGGAAUACUCAGGAGACUGAUGUGAAAAGGCAGAAGAAGAAUAGAAGGAAUUUAGAGACUGAUAUGAGGAAUAUUCAGGAGACUGAUGUAAGGAAUACUCAGGAGACUGAUGUGAGGAAUACACAGGAGACUGAUGUGAGGAAUACACAGGAGACUGAUGUGAGGAAUACUCAGGAGACUGAUGUGAGGAAUACUCAGGAGACUGAUGUGAGGAAUAUUCAGGAGACUGAUGUGAAAAGGCAGAAGAAAAAGAGAAGGAAUUUAGAGACAAAUGUGAGGAAUACACAGGAGACUGAUGUGAGGAAUACACAGGAGACUGAUGUGAGGAAUACUCAGGAGACUGAUGUGAGGAAUACUCAGGAGACUGAUGUGAGGAAUACUCAGGAGACUGAUGUGAAAAGGCAGAAGAAGAAUAGAAGGAAUUUAGAGACUGAUAUGAGGAAUAUUCAGGAGACUGAUGUAAGGAAUACUCAGGAGACUGAUGUGAGGAAUACACAGGAGACUGAUGUGAGGAAUACACAGGAGACUGAUGUGAGGAAUACUCAGGAGACUGAUGUGAGGAAUACUCAGGAGACUGAUGUGAAAAGGCAGAAGAAGAAGAAAAAGAAUUUAGAGACUGAUGUGAGGAAUAUUCAGGAGACUGAUGUGAAAAGGCAGAAGAAGAAGAGAAGGAAUUUAGAGACUGAUGUGAGGAAUAUUCAGGAGACUGAUGUGAAAAGGCAGAAGAAGAAGAAAAAGAAUUUAGAGACUGAUGUGAGGAAUAUUCAGGAGACUGAUGUGAGGAAUACACAGGAGAUUUAUGUGAGAAAUACACAGGAGACUGAUGUGAUGAAUACACAGGAGACUGAUGUGAAAAGGCAGAAGAAGAAGAGAAGGAAUUUAGAGACUGAUAUGAGGAAUACACAGGAGACUGAUGUGAGGAAUACUCAGGAGACUGAUGUGAGGAAUACUCAGGAGACUGAUGUGAAAAGACAGAAGAAGAAGAGAAGGAAUUUAGAGACUGAUAUGAGGAAUACACAGGAGACUGAUGUGAGGAAUACUCAGGAGACUGAUGUGAGGAAUACUCAGGAGACUGAUGUGAGGAAUAUCCAGGAGACUGAUGUGAAAAGGCAGAAGAAAAAGAGAAGGAAUUUAGAGACUGAUUUGAGGUAUAUUCAGGAGACUGAUGUGAGGAAUACACAGGAGACUGAUGUGAGGAAUACUCAGGAAACUGAUGUGAGGAAUACACAGGAGACUGGUGUGAGGAAUACUCAGGAGACUGAUGUGAGGAAUACACAGGAGACUGAUGUGAGGAAUACACAGGAGACUGAUGUGAGGAAUACUCAGGAAACUGAUGUGAGGUAUAUUCAGGAGACUGAUGUGAGGAAUACACAGGAGACUGAUGUGAGGAAUACACAGGAGACUGAUGUGAGGAAUACUCAGGAAACUGAUGUGAGGUAUAUUCAGGAGACUGAUGUGAGGAAUACACAGGAGACUGAUGUGAGGAAUACUCAUGAGACUGAUGUGAGGAAUAUCCAGGAGACAAAUGUUAGAGAAGCAGUGAUAAAAAAAUCCAUAUCAAAAGCACUCGAUAUUUUAGAACAUCUGUCUGAUGAUGACUAUGCAGCUGAGAGUAUUGAUGGGAUGGAUGAUGAUUCCUAUCAUCCAUCUGAAAGUGAAAGUGAUGAAGACGAAGAUGAAGAUUCAUCAAUCGAAUCAGAUCAUUCUACAAACAUGACAAGAACUGUUUUCCCACAACAUGAACAUGUUAGUGACAGUGAUGAUGAGGAUGAUGAGUAUUCUUCAGUCAGUCAAGUUUUUCCAAUUUUGAAUGGGACAGAGAAGAAAAUAACUUUCAUGAAAACUGAUAAAUCAGCUAAGGGACAUUAUACUAACAAAAGACAUGCCUGUCUAUUCUGUGAAAAAGUUAUGCCGAAUAUGGCUAGACAUCUGACUCUAAAACAUCACAAUGAACCUGAAGUGGCCAAAAUUCUAGUGCUGUCCAAAAGAAGCAAGCAAAGAAGACAGCUCUGGGAGGAACUUGUGAACAAAGGAAAUUUUAAUCACAACUACUCAGUAAUUGAAAAAGGAAAAGGAGCAGUUAUUCCUAAAUACCAAAAGAGUAACACAUCCAGUGCUGAUAUCAAAGAUUAUGUGCCUUGUUAUUACUGUAAAGGAUUGUACAAACGUACAGAAUUGUGGAAACAUACAACUUCUUGUGGAGAAAAAUCCAAGGAAUGCAAGUUGGAUAAACAGAAUCAUGUGAAACUUGGGCGUUUGUUACUUCCUCCUUCAUGUAACAAUGAGCAGUUUGAACAAAAAGUACUUAAUGUAAUGAGAGAUGAUGAGGUAAAAUCUGUAGUAAUUUCAGACAAAAGGAUAUUGGAUUUUGGAGGGAGGAUGUUUCGUAAGCAUGGAAAUGAAGAACAUAGAAACAUGUAUAUCUCUCAAAAAUUAAGGGAGCUAGGAAGACUGUUGCAGCUCAGUAGGAAAAGGUCGUUGAAUGCCUUGGAUGAUUUGUUGAAAACAGAGCAUUGGGAUACCCUAAUUGAAUGUGUGCAUUUAGUAUGUGGUUAUUCAGAAGUUAGUAAAGUUUAUAAUGCUCCAUCCCUUGCAUUGAAAUUAGGCCAUAGUUUGGUCAAGUGUGCCAGUUAUUUAAAAUCUGAAGGAUUGAAAGAAAGUAAUGAAGAGAAAAUUAAAACUGCAGAUGCCUUUCUCACUUUAUAUGAAAAUGAAUGGACUGAAAGUGUGUCAUCCCAUGCACAUUCCACUUUAAAUGAGAAAAAAUACAACAAGCAGCUCUUCAUUCCACUGGUUGAGGACGUGAAGAAACUGAAUGACUUUUUGGUUCAACGAGCACAUGAACUUUGCUCAGAAGUGGAAUUCAGAAAGGUGGAUUUGUAUCCAGAACUUGCACAGGUAUGUUUGGCACAAGUCAUUCUUUUUAAUCGGCGUCGCAGUGGAGAGGCAGAGAGAAUGACUGUGGCGGCCUACUGUGAUGCACUGAAAGGCAGUGGAAAACCAGAUCCAGUAAUAAUGAGUACCCUCAAUGAAUUUGAGAAAAUACUGUGCAAGUCCCACAUUAGAGUGGAGAUCAAGGGAAAGAGAGGGAGAAAAGUGCCUGUACUGUUUACCGCUGAUAUGAAGAAAUAUAUUGACAUUCUCCUGAAAACCAGACAAGAAGCUUGUGUCACACAGCCAUAUCUCUUUGCCAGGCCUGGAAUGACCACAAAGCCCUACAGAGGCACAGAUUGCAUGAGGAAAUUUUGUAACUUGGCUGAGCUUCGAAAUCCCAGUGCCAUUAAUUCCACAAAACUUAGAAAACAACUUGCUACCUUAGCUCAAGUCCUAAACCUCAGUGAAACGUCACAAGAUAUUCUUGCCACUUUUCAAGGACAUAACAUAAAAGUCCAUAGAGAGUUCUACCGGCUGCCUGAAAGUACUUUGCAAGUAGCAAAAGUUUCAAAAAUACUCCAUAGCAUCAAUAAUGGAACCAUAGAUAGAUAUAAAGGAAUGGAUUUCGAUCAGAUUGAUUUUGCUGACAAAGAAACACUUGACAGUGAAACAGAGAGUGAAGUGGAUGAUGACAGUGAUGAUGAUUCCAACCAUGAAUCUCUUUUGGAAGAGCCCUGUAAUUCUGGAGACAUGGGUAAAGAAAGGAAUGCAAGGAUGCCUCAAACUUCAGCACAAGAAGGAAUGCAGAUGCAGAGACCUAGCUCAUCUAGGAAGUUGGGAGGAAGAAAGCAAGAAGGAAUGCAGAUGCAGAGACCUAGCUCAUCUAGGAAGUUGGGAGGAAGAAAGCAAGGCAGUGUUCAGCGCCACACUUGGACAUCCGCAGAGAAGGCAGCUUUGCACAGACAGUUUGAUACUUUCAUCAAAGUAGGGAAAACUCCUGGUCAAGUCGACUGUUUAAAUGGCAUUAGAAUGGAGAAAUCUCUGUCCACUUUUACAUGGCGUCAUGUAAAGUUUGCUGUGAAAAACAUUAUUACUUCUCGGCAGAGGUGUUGCAAAAAGUAAUUCCAGUUUACAUGGUUGUAAUUAUAUUGACAGCUUCAG